AUGCCUCUCAACGUCCUUGUCGUCGGCGCGGGCAUCUGCGGCCCGGCCUUCGCAAUGCUCCUCCAAAGAUCCAAUCCCCAACACAAAAUCACGAUCAUCGAGCGUUUUCCAAAUCUGCGGUCUACAGGACAACAGAUUGACCUCAAGACCCAGGCCCCCAUCAUCCUGUCAAAGAUGGGUCUCCUAGAUGAGAUCAAGUCACACUGUGUCGACGAAACUGGUCUCGAAAUGGUAAAUUCCAAGGGAAAGCAAAUCGCUGUAUUUGGUGUAAGCCCGGCUGACGAACGUCGUCCUGGGCUGACGAGCGAACACGAGAUAAUGCGUGGGGAUAUGGUGAACGUUAUCUAUAAUGCUAGUAUCAAACAGGACUUGAAUUUACGAGACAAGUCCGCGAAUGACGGGGGACUCACCUAUGAAUUCGACCAGACCAUUACCGAAUUCGACCAAAAACCCGAUGGUGUCGAUGUUACCUUCUCGGAUGGACAAAGAAGGCACUACGAUCUCAUUGUCGCUGCUGAUGGACAGGCUUCGCAUACGAGACGCCUGGCCUUUGGUCGCGAAGUUAGUGAUGCAGCUUUUAAAUCUCUCGGAAUUCAUGGUGCAUACUUUGACAUGCCGCAGAUCGACGGCGAGGGAACUCUUGCAAAGGGCCACUUAUCUCCGAAGAGCACAAUGGUCGUGACCAGACCGAGUGGUCGCCCUGUAACGGGAGUGUUAGCAUUCACUACAAGACCUCCCCCGGAGCUAAAAGCGUCUUACAAGCAAUCGCUAGACAAGCAAAAAGAAGCCUUUGCCAAAGUGUUCCAAAACGUUGACUGGCAGACGGAGCGAUUCACCAGCGGAUUGAGAGCCAGCCUAGACUUUUACGCUCACGAAGUCGGACAAAUUAAGAUGAAACAACUGUCCACCGGCCGGGUUGUACUUCUUGGAGAUGCAGGAUAUUGCCCAAGCCCGUUUACCGGUCUGGGAACCAACCUCAGCCUUAUGGGUGCAUACAUUCUGGCAGGGGAAUUAGCACGGCAGAGUCCAGACAUCCCCGGAGCAUUCAAGUCAUACGAGCAAAAAAUGCAGCCUGUGAUCGGCGAGUGUCAACAGUUUUCUUCAGCGAUUCUUGGCAUUUUCUUUCCGUCUUCGCGGUUUGGGGUCUGGUUCAUGCACAACCUCGUGUGGUCGGUGUCUAAACUCGCUGAUAUAUUUCCUAAACCGAAAUCAGAGAAGAAUCACGUGGAGCGUCUUCCAGCGUACCCUGAAUUGAAUCUAGGGUCAUAG